CUUCAGCUCAGCAGCAGAGAUUGGCCCUACUCUAUCUGAAUUAAACUCUACCAGCCCCGCCCUCUAUGCAAGAGCAGCUAGUGAAACAGCAGUAGAGAUUGAGGUUAAAACAUUGACUGGGACAAAAUUCAGAGGAGACACCGGACUCAAGUACCAUUUAAAAGUAUCUGAUGAGCUGUUCUUUAGUGACAGUCUCCACUGGGAAAAUCAGACUUCUAUCAGAUAUUCUGGUCUUCUCUCAGGGGUUCUUUACACCUUUGAGAUGUAUGUGACCCUGUGUGAGUUUCCUCUGAUUGUGCUAGCAGAAACAACGGAAAGAACAAAACCAAACCCCCCAACAUCUGUACAUGUGGUCCAUAUCUCCCAUAGCAAUGCAUUUAUUAACUGGAUUGCACCAUCUUCAGACUCUGACCCAAACAGCAGCAAGUACACUUACGUGGUAGAAGUGAAAGAUUCAGGAGAUGGUACUGUAGCACAGAUUACAGCUAAUCUCACCAGUGCAGAGAUAACGGGUCUGAAACCUGGAACAGUAUACAGGGUGUCUCUGUCAUCAACUUUAGAAGGAGUGAACAGUCAGGAGGAAACUAUUGAGAUGAAGACCCCAAAUUUGUGUCCCACAUUCACUGCACCUAUGGGGACGAGAGUUAUUGAUGAGAAGAUGUCAAGCUAUGGUCCAGUUGUGGUGAUUGAAUGUGAAGAGGGUUUCCAGCUGACCUCUGGCCCUGAGAUUCCCUGCUUAGAAGAAGCAUACUCCACACCAUGUGUCCCUAAGUCAUGUACUCAUGAGGGUAGCAUUAUCUCUCAUGGCUCCUUUGUUGAAAGAGAAUGUUUAACGUUUGAAAUAGAAAGUGAGUGUCUGUUUGGACACUUUAGUCCUCCCAUUCCAGUUUGCUGUCCAAAACCCAGUGAUGAUGACAUAAUAGAAUUAUAUGAAUAUGAACAUCAUCCUGUUUACAGCAUUGCUGUAACCGUUUUCUGUUCACGAGGAUUCUGGUUAUCAGGACCCUCUCAGCUUAAUUGUGACCUGAGAACAGGACAGUGGUCUCAGCCUCUCUUGCCAUCCUGUUCUCCAAUCCCUUGUCCUGCCCCCCCACAUGAUCCCCAUGGCAGAUUCACAUCACAGUCAGGACAGUCAGAUCAUUUUAAAGAAGGGGAUAUGUUGAUGCUGGAAUGUGAUGAUGAUUAUCAUCCCUCUGCUGAACACUGGAUCACUUGCAGCAAUGGUGAGUGGGAACACUCUUCCUGUGAACCAAAUGCCCGACUCAUCGACACCCACAGCCAAAAUUUUAAAUUCUAUGGAAAACUCCAGCAAUGGAAAUCAGGCAUGUGGACUAGUCGGGUCACUUCAGCACAUGCUGAAAAUCUUGCAAAGUUUUGCUGUGAAAAUAGAGGGCUACAGUUCGUGAGAAUUAGAUAUCAAUUUCAUUGGUACAUACUGGUGGAGUGCUCUAUGAUAAAACUGGAUACUUCUGGAAGAGAAUAUGUGGGAAAAGCUGAAAUAAACCAAGGGAGUGGCUGGGAGAACAUAUGCAUUAAAGACAUCUCUGCAGCAGAGUCUUUCUGUAGAAUGUUAUUUCCAGGCCAGGACUGGACUGUUUCUCUGCCAUACAGCACUUGGUUUCAUUCUGUGCACUCCUACCAAUGUGAUGAUGGCUGUAGAUUGCAGAUGAAACCACAGACCUGCAACAGACAGAUCCAGUGCAGAGCGAUGUGUGAUCCCCUUCCGAUUUCUAAUGGGGGCAGAUGUGACUUCUCUUUGGAAGGACAGUGGUGUUCAGUGUCCUGUAAUCGACUAUACAACCUCCAAGGAUCUUCCAAGAUACAGUGCAGGAGUUAUGGCUGGUCAGAAGAGCCCUACUGUAUAGAGAGUGGGGAGUGUGGCUACGACUAUGAAAGAGGACCUCAUUCAGUCGGCUGCUUGACCAAGCUAUGGACUGAGGUGGGCUGCAAUGUUGAAGCUGAUCUAUCUCCAACUAAAAGACGAGAUUUCUGGACUGACUUUGAUAGAUGGACAGUAGGUGAGGUGAGGGAGUUUAUGUCGACCCUUCCUAUCAACAGUGAGUUUACUUAUAACCCUAACUGUCAAGUGGAUGAUGAAUGUUUUCCUGGACGGGCUACAGUGUUCACGAGUGAAGGGAACAGGAAGUCCAUGUCAGAGCUGAGGGUAGGGGACAGGGUCCUUGCACUGGACACUCAUGGAGAGCUUGUAUUCAGCGAGGUAAUCCUAUGGCUGGACCGUCGGCCAUCUGCAGUGGAGCGCUAUGUCCUCCUUACCACAGAGGACUACUCAGAGCCGCUCUCACUAUCAGCUGACCAUGUAACCUUCAUCGCCCCGUCCAACAGAACCACUGCCACAUUCUCUACCAUGAUCCCAGUGUUUGCCAAAGACCUGCAGCCAGGUCACCUGAUCCACCGCUAUGACCCAGCGACUGGUUCAUUGGCGCCCCGGCGCGUAACCAAUGUCCAGGAGUCCAAGGACCUGGGUGCCUAUGCCCCCUUGACUGUGGAGGGGAACCUGAUUGUAGAUGGUCACCUGGUGUCCUGCUAUGCCCUGCAAUGCCGCCAAUACCUUGCCCAUCUCCCUUUCGCCCCCUACAGGUUUCUGCACACUCUGCGUUCUUACAUUCCCCUGUUUGAAAACGUAUUCCCAGUACAGCAAGACCAGCAGGAUGAGGGCAUGCACUGGUAUGCCAGAGCCUGGUACCAGGUGGGACAGUGGUUCAGCUACCCGUUUGGGAAAACCUGCUAUCCCAGAGAGCUGCAUCUGUACCACUACCCCUGAUCAUCUGCCAACACCUAGAAGAAGAAUGAGCCAAACCUCAUAACGACUGAGCAUAAUGCUGUUGU